AACAAAUGUCGCGUUAAAGAGCUGAUUCGUUCGUUCGACGACACCCUGUAUACGCCGAGUCGUUUAGCGACUGCGAAACAGGACGAAGCAGAACGGAGUGUUCUAUCGAGACACGAGGUGUGUUACAGCGACUCGGAGAGGACGAGUGUUUCUCAGUGAGAACGUGGAUUUUCUCGUGGCAUUAUGUACUUACAAACAUUGCUACUAUUCUGUAUCCUGAUGACGCUGUACCGAUCAACGGUCCAGCUGACGCUUCGAGGCGAAGUUGCUACGAACCGAGUCGUUAAUUACAACACGUUGUCGUUGGAAAGUUCCAAAUAUAAAUACAAGAUCAGGACGAUCGACAUGCGCGUGGAUCACUUUAGCUUCGCCGUGCAGAACACUUUCAAAUUGAGAUAUCUCAUAAACGACACUUUUACGAGAAAAACGGAAGAUAACUCCCCUAUAUUUUUCUACACCGGAAAUGAAGGCAACAUCGAAGUUUUUGCAGAGAACACGGGCUUCAUAUGGGAAAUCGCACCUUCUUUCGACGCGUUAGUAGUGUUUGCUGAGCAUCGUUACUACGGCGAAUCGUUACCCUACGGCAACCGGUCCUUCGCGGAUCCGCAGCAUCUCGGCUAUUUGACCUCCGAACAAGCCCUAGCUGAUUACGUGGAUCUUAUCCACCAUCUGAAGUCGCAACCGGAAUAUAAACUCAGUCCGGUAAUAGUUUUCGGUGGCUCGUAUGGUGGUAUGCUCAGCGCUUGGAUGCGCUUGAAGUAUCCCCAUGUCGUUCAAGGUGCGAUUGCGGCCUCCGCACCGCUUCUGCAAUUCACCGGUAGCGUAGAAUGCGAGUCAUUCGGUCGGAUAACAACUUCGGACUAUCGCGCUGCGAAUCCAACGUGUCCGCAGCUUAUCCGGAAGUCGUGGCGCACAAUAACGAACGUGACUUUGAAUGACGAGGGCAAAAAGUGGCUGUCGGACAAUUGGAAGUUGUGCGAACCGUUGAAAACCGGAGAGAAUGUCACGACGCUGAAAGAUUUCUUGCAGGAAGUUCUCAUAAAUUUGGCCAUGGUCGAUUAUCCGUACGAGGCUAACUUUCUAGCGCCGUUACCCGCCAAUCCGAUUAAUGCUUUCUGUCAACAUUUAACAAAUGCAUCAUUGAUGGGAAAACCGUUAUUAUCGGCACUUUAUCGAGCCCUCAGCGUUUAUACGAAUUACACCGGGAAAGCGAGCUGCACCUCCAUAAAGAGUGCGCAGUCGGGCUUGGACGCGGAUCAAGGAUGGGAUUAUCAGGCAUGCACAGAAAUGGUCAUGCCGAUUUGCUUUGAUGGCGUUAAUGAUAUGUUCGAGCCGACGGAGUGGAACAUCAAUGCUUAUAAUAGUACCUGUUUCAAGAAAUAUUCUAUAUCGUCGCAACCAUAUCAGAUUUGUAAAGAAUACGGCUGCUCAGCGCAUUUUCCCGGCGCAAGUAAUAUCAUUUUCAGUAAUGGAUUGUUGGAUCCAUGGACGGGCGGAGGUGUGGUGGCCAAUAUAUCCGCGGAAUCAGUGAUUUCGAUAGUGAUGCCGGAUGCCGCGCAUCAUCUUGACUUACGAGAGACUAAUCCUAAGGAUCCAUACGACGUUACCUUGGCGCGCAAGUUCCAUCAGUUUUCGAUUAAGAAAUGGAUCAAAGAGCAUAAUAGAAAUAAUAAUAUAGUAGGAAACUUUUGAAAUUUGAUGCGAUAAAAGAUGAUUCGCAAGAUUAUUGGAAAUAAUUUGCUCGCCUGGUCAAAAUUUAUCCUUUUUAUUUCACAAAUUAAAAAUACAAAAAAACAAGACGUCGCUACAACAAUAAAUAUUCAGCUGUCUGCUGUAGACUGACUAUUUAUAACGCUAAAUAAAAUGUUGGCGAAAACCCAAUCGAAAACAUAUGCGAAAGCAUUUCGGUAUCACAGUAAAUAAUAAAUGCACGUAUCUCGUCAGACAUUCUAAAAGAUCUACGAGAGAGUAAAAAAUAUUUUCGGACAACGCAAAAGUCUGAAACGCAUACGAUUUUCUCGCAAAAUAUCUUUCAGACAUUCGCGUUAUCUAAAAUCUUUCGUCGAAUCUAAUAUCACUAUAGCACAUAAAAAUGGCUACUUCGUCGAAUAAAAAUUCAUAACACUAUCGUAAUUAUUUGACAUUAAUACUCGACAUUAAUUAUAAAUAUAUAUAUAUGCUGUAUUAGCUAGUUUAUCUUUUUGUAUAAUUUCUUAUGUCAAGUUUGUCCGAAGGAAUCAUGUAGGGAGUUUAAGCGAGCAAAGCUACUGAAGAUAUACGAAUGCCUAAAUGUAGAACAAAUUUCUCUUAAGAGAAUGCUGAAUUUUAAAUCGAUUCUAUAAAUAUUAUGUAAAUAUGUUAUUAUGAUUUUUUAAAUAUAUGUGUACGUCAAUUUUCUGAAAUUCUAAAAUGUUUUUCCACAGGUACAGCAUUGCUAUUCACUUUUCUAAUGGACUCGUAUCAUUUUUUUACAUUACUGGAAUGAUCUCUCUCGUAUAUUAACAUGAAAAUGUAUUUUUUAUAUUUUACGAAUCAUGAACGUGUUAGAAUACUCUUGUGUGCUGCAUUACGUUAUAAAUAAAAAAAAUUGAAUACUUUUGGAUAAAAUACUCAUGCCUUUCAUGGCGUGCCUUUCGUGCUCUAAAAUAAUUUCAAAAAGAAUGCGUUUCAAAUUCGUUCUCUGUAAAUAUAAGUAUUAACUUAUAUUUUCAGUCGUCAAUUCAUGAUAUAGUUAAACAUCUUCCUUACACAUGUUACAUUUUUAUAUA